AUGCGGUACAGAUCGAUGAAAUACUUCUACAUCGCGGCGGUACUCCUGUUCGUUGGGCACCUCCUCGGCUCCUGCGUGGUGUUCCUCCAAGUCCAUGACAGGACGCACCUAUACUUCGUAAAUCCGAUCUCUUACCUGACCAAGAGCGGCGUCGAAUGCUACAAAGUGCGCACAGAGAACACCGUGAACAUAACCAGGGCCAGUUUCUUCCCGAUGCGCUCGAUAUUCUUCCACUCGUUGUCUUGCGACAGAAUGGUAGACGAGAGAGGCGCGUGCGCGAUAGAGGCCGCGGCCCGUUUGCACCCCGAGGCGGACGUAAACCUGCUCUAUUCGAGCGCGGUGUCGCACGAGACAUGGAGCCGGUAUCUGGACCACCUGAUCAAGCUGCCCAACUUCCGUAUGGUCGGCAUACAGGUGCAGGGGCACGCUAACGGCACCGAGUUCGAAGCGUUCUGGCGUAGUGUCAUCGCCCAUAACAAGGUGACAGACCCCAGAGACGUCGCGGAGUACGUCAAGUUCCUCACGCUGCACCGUUUUGGCGGGGUUGUGCUGGACCUGGACGUCAUCGUGGGCAGGCCCCUGGACGCGUUGGGCUCGAACUGGGUGGUAAAGGACGGCGAGUGGAUUUUGGGGACGGACGCCAUAUCUAUACCGAGGAGCAGCGUCGGUCGCAAUCUCACUGCCUUCGUUUUGAGGUCG